AUAAGUAAUUCAAUUUUCUUGACUUUUCUUCAAAGUGAAUGGGAUCAUCUAACAUUCGUAUUACAAUGGCCACCGACUGUCUGCAGAAACUUUGGAAAGGAUUGUCGUGAAAACAACGUUAAGAACAACUGGACCAUACAUGGCUUAUGGCCAAACCAAGGAUCAACACACGGACCAAUAUGCUGCAACAAAUCAUGGCCUUUCGACCCUCAAGCAGUAAAGGAUCUCCGGAGUGCAAUGAGUAAGGAAUGGAUUACUUUACAUAAGAGAACAUCAAAUGAAGCAUUUUGGGCCCACGAGUGGUGCAAACAUGGAACUUGUGCAGCCCAAGGAAGCAUUGCUAGCCUACGCACACAACACAGCUACUUUGCUCUUGCUCUUGAACUGAAUUCAGCUGUAAAUAUCUACCGGCUUCUAGCUCGAGAUAAUAUCAGGCCAUCGGAGGUUCUUUUCUACCCUUCAGCUUCGGUUAGGUCAGCGAUCCAAAAAGGACUAGGUCAUAGUAUCGGAAUGUACUGCGUUGAUCAGAGCUCUAAUUUUUUGAUGGAGGUUCGAAUCUGUUACGGAUUGUCAUUAAAAGUCAUCGAAUGCAAGGACAUUUUUGGACAGCAGUGUGACCCCAAACGAAAGAUAAUGAUACCUCCAAAGACUUAAUAUAUUAAUGUUGAUCAGUGGCUGCUUUUGGAUGUCUCUAUAUAUAUAUUAUACGCCCAAAGUUCCGCAAGGUCAUUCUGUCCUUGGAUAAAUGCUAUGUUUGUAGAAGGUCAUAACGAAUUUAUUUUUCCAUCAAGCACACAAUUUCGCUGGUACGGUUAACCAGCUAUCAAGAUGAUCAAGAUCAGACGUCGUUGUUAAAGGAAAAUGAAACUCUUGGAGCAAGUUAGCUUUUGUGAAAGCAGAAAAAUCAAAGAAUAAGAUCAACAAAAGUUUGAGUAAAAUACGACUAGCAAUAGAAGAGUUAUGAGCAUUUGAAUGUCGAGAUCACUAAUAUGCUAUGGAGAUCCUUCCCAUUGGCAAUGCGACCAAGAUCUAUGAUGUCACAGAUGAACAACUCUCCCCUUUUGGACACUGAAAAUAUACCCCAAAACAUCUCUUUUUGCUCAUUAUAAUCAUAUGACAAACGAUUCAUCAAUGAUAUAAUGUUGUGAAACCUCUGUACUUGUCCUCUCAUAAAAAGAACACCUCAACUUGUGAUAGACUCUAUAAAAGUGAGAAUAUCAGUGAAAUAAGUACUAAAGUAAUGAGGGAGUUGUACGUGUGUGACAUCACAGAUCUUGGUCGCAUUGCCAAUGGGAGGAUCUACAUGGCAUUAGUGAUCUCAAUAUUCAAAUGCUCAUAACUUUCUUAUUAUUCAUUCAAUCUUCCUCAAACUUUCAACAAUAUGUUUCUUUGAUUUUUCUCUUUGAUAUGGAUUCAGCUGGUUUCAAGGGUUUCAUUCUCCUUUAAGUAAUUGGUUUUUGAUUUGGUUUCUUAAUUUUUUUCCCCAAAAUUUUUAUACAUUUACACCAAUACUUUCUGACAACACACUACAGACCACCUUACACAAAUUAUUAUCUUGAUGGACAAUACUUUACUUUGAACAUUUCAUUCGAUUUUAUUUCAGUUAUUCAACAGUAUGAGUAUUUAAAUUUAAUUUAAAGGGAACGAAUAAAAUGUUACCGCUAUGCCUAUGGUGACAUCGUCACGUACGGCAAGACCACGAAGACUAUGCUUUUCAUGGUGUAUAAACAAUGAUAUAACCAUCAUGAACAUGAUCAUCAUGAUGCCGGGUAAAAAUGGCAGAGGUAAAAAUGGCAGAGGUAAAAAUGGCAUAGGUAAUAAUGGCAUAGGUAAUAAUGGCAAAUGUAAAAAUGGCAGAGGUAAGAAUGGCAGAGGUAAAAAUGGCAGAGGUAAUAAUGGCAAAGGUAAAAAUGCGAUUUUUACACCGAGUCGAUCAUCAUAUACUCCCUAAUCAUUACCAUUAUCAUAUGAUUCAUCAUAAAAUGAUAUGAUGUUCUACCGUAAAUUAUUGGGGGAAUGAUAACACAGGACACACCCCCACCUGAAAUAUAGGGGGAGGGGAUAUCCCCCGUGAUCGACACCCGGGCUUGAUGUGUAAAUCAGUAUGUACUAUGCCUUUAUACAUUCGUAUGUUUUUAGUGAAAGCAUUAAAUAAAUCAACUUGAACUUGAAAUAAAUAAUUUUUCAUACUGUGCACUGCAAAAACUCCGGUGUUGAUUUAACACCAGCCCGGAAUCUAUACAUGUCCACAACAGAGAAGUGUUAAACAACACCAGUUUGGUUUUGGUCUAACACCAGAUAGGUGUUUACACAACACCAAUUAGUAUUAAAGCACCAUCGGAUUGAUUCCAAACUGGUGUUGUUUCAAUACUUUUCUGGUGUGGACAUAUAUAGAUUCCGGGCUGGUGUUAAAUCAACACCGGAGUUUUUGCAGUGUGUUAUGGUAUAAAGCGUUCAUAACCACCAAGGGCGGAAAUCUCUCCCAAAGGUAGGGGGACCAGGGGCUGGAAAAUUUGACAAGCAAAAGAAAAAAAAAGGUUAUCACCCAAAAAGUAAAGUCAUCUCGUCCAAAAUCCAUGUUUUAUCUUUUUUUAUUUCGAUUUUGAAUUUCUUUCCAUCAUUAAAUACCAAAAAUA